AUGACCUUUCCGGAAACAUUCCACCUGGCAUUGGAAGAGCAACUCAGUUACGAAAUUGGAAGCCUUUCUAGUCUUCAGCAUCUAGACUUGUCUGGAAACAAUCUUAGUGGACCUAUUCAAAAGAAGUUGGGUGAUUGUGUGAAUCUUUUGAACUUGAAAUUGAGCAGAAAUCUUCUCAGGGAGAGUAUUCCUUUUGAAUUAGGAAAAUUGCAGUCUCUUGAAAAUCUCGAUCUUGGAAAUAAUUUAUUAACAGGUGAGAUACCAUCUGGGAUUGGGAGCUUGAAAAGGUUAGAGAUACUAAAUCUCUCCCACAACUUCUUGUCUGGUUCAAUCCCUUCCUCUUUAAACGGGAUGUCAAGUUUAACGUCGGUUGACAUAUCUUACAAUCACUUGGAGGGUCCUCUGCCCAACACAAAAGCAUUUGAAGAUGCUUCAUUUCAAGCAUAUCGAAACAAUGAUACACUAUGUGGCAAUAAAACUAGUUUGAUGCCAUGCUCAUUGAAGCAGAACAAUGGAGAUAAAGGGAGAAAUCAUAAAAAAAUUGUGAUUCUAGUUGUAGUUCCUUUGUUGGGUAUUUUAUUUCUUAUUUUGCUAUGA